AUGUAUUUUGUUCUCCUUCAGUUCAGUAUUUACACACUCGCGGAAAAGCCAGAUGAUGUCAAAGGAAGUGAAGCUCAUGCCAAACGUGUUUUUGAACUCGCAAACAGAUUUUUUAAGAAACUUGGGGGAGGAAACACCUUCAAGCCUAAAGUGUUAGUAAAUAUUACACACAAGCCUUCUAACAAGCAUUCUGUUGGGUCUUCAAUGGCAGUUAGUCAUUUCUUAAGGCCCAUCUGUUUGUAUAACAGAAUCACUCGUCUGAAACGACCACUUGCCAAAACAAUUUUACAUUUUAAUUCUCUGAAACUAGUCAAAAAUGAAUGGGUUUUUGAAGCAUUUCAACACGAAAAGGUAAACGACGGAUAUCGUUCCCCAAAAGAUGCCUGUAAAAACUGUAAAAUGAUCUUCUUUGAUGAUCAUUGGGGAGAGGGACAUAAUACAUAUCUUGGAGCAUGUGCAGAGUAUUGUGCUGUCAACGAGCUUCUUCCACCUGAGAAAACUUUAGAAGAGUACGCUGAUGAUAACGAUCACCCGUUUCUGCAAAGAAACCUAAAUCGAUGUACCCUUCUUUUCGAAGGCUUUAAGGACAUAUCAAAAAAAUGCAUUAAUGCAUGUCGUUCAAAAGAAAUAAACGAGGAAUUGCUACAGAAAGUGUAUUGGGAAGUUAUAUAUAAAUUGCACAUUUUUGGUCUUAAACCAGAAUGUAAUCCUUGCUUUUAA